UUUUCCCUGCAUUCUUUCUUCUGUCAGCUGCUAACAUGAAUCUCUUCUCUGUAAUCAGUAAUGUAAUACAAAUCUGAUAACAGCAGUUAUAAAGUCCAUCUUUAUCCAGGACAGGCUGUGACUACUCCCCUUUUAAUGCUGGCAGGUUUCCUGUCUAAUCCCCGCUGUAUGUCCUGCCAUUGACCAGGGAGAGAAAGAAAGUGCUCUUCAGUCAUUAUGUGGCUCUGUCUUCUGGUGCUCUCAUUGCUGGUCCUGGUGUACAGAUGGUACAGACAAAGUCAGAUACUAGAGAAUCUCUCAGAUAAAUAUGUGAUGAUCACAGGAUGUGACUCUGGCUUUGGGAACUUAGCAGCGAAACAACUAGACCAGCGUGGUCUGAGGGUGCUGGCUGCUUGUCUGACUGAGAAAGGUGCUGAGGAACUGAAGAAGGAGACGUCCAGCAGACUGCAGACUGUGAUCCUCGAUGUUACUGACAGUGAGAGUGUGAAAUCUGUAACUAAGUGGGUGACUGAUAUUGUCAGAGAAAAAGGACUCUGGGGUUUGGUGAACAACGCAGGUGUUUCAUUGCCAAGUGCUCCCAAUGAGUGGAUGACAAAGGAUGAUUUCAAUAAGAUCUUAAACGUGAACCUUAUGGGUGUCAUUGAUGUCACAAUUAACUUGUUGCCCCCUUAUCCGAAAAGCCGGGGACGUGUGGUCAACGUAGCUAGCAUUGCAGGGAGGUUGAGUUUCUGUGGUGGUGGAUACUGUAUCUCCAAAUAUGGAGUAGAAGCAUUCUCUGACAGUCUCAGGCGUGAAAUGACCAACUUUGGUGUGAAGGUUUGUAUAGUAGAACCUGGCUUCUUUAAAACGCAAGUGACAGAUCCAAAACUUCAAAGAGAGAUUGUGAAUAAACUCUGGGCACAACUCCCAGAUGGGAUACGCAAGAGCUAUGGGCAGCAGUACUUUGACACAUAUUGCAAAUCAAUUGACUUCACACUAUCAAUUUGCAACAAGAAGCUCUACUUGGUUACCAACUGCAUGGAGCAUGCCUUAACUGCAGUGUAUCCUUUUACGCGCUACUCUGCUGGUCUGGACGCCAAACUGCUGUUUCUUCCACUCUCCUAUUUACCUACUGCUUUUACAGAUUUUUUGAUCGGACUCCGUCAACCUAAACCAGCAGAAAAUGCCUAAUUUUUUUUUUUUUUUUUCUCGUGUACUCACAGUAGCUGAAGUCCCGCUUGAACGAUCUUCAUCCCGGCGGCUCAACCUUCAUCCAGGCGGCUCCAUCUUCAUCCAUCGCAGGACUGGCAUCUUCUUCAUCCCUGCGGAGGCGGAGUGGUAGAUGCGCGGAGGUCCAGGCGGAGGUCCAUAAAUCAAAUGUGGAGUACCAUUGCAUUCCUAUUGGCUGAAAAAUUUAAAUCAGCCAAUAGGAAUUAGAGCUGCUAAAAUCCUAUUGGCUGUUCAAAUCAGCCAAUAGGAUGAGAGCUACUGAAAUUCUAUUGACUACUCAAAUCAGCUAAUAGAAUUUCAGUAGCUCUCAUGGCUAUAUAAACCAAAAGCCAUAAACAGACUUUCAAUGUGCAAUUUUCCUAAAAAUGAAUAAACCAUAUAAAUACUUUA